AUUCAGUGCGCAACAAACUGGGGAGAAAAGUUGAAUAUUCAAUUAUUGCUGAUACAAGACCGUUAGAGACAUCUGAGACGGGACUUAUUCUGCUCAUGAUCACCGACGCUGCUGAAGAUUAUGGAUACAGAAGGAAAAUCUGCUUGGCUUUAUUAAAAUGUUGACCGGUGGAGUCUUAAGCACUUUCCUUCCACGUGAAGCUCUUUUUGAUCCCAGAUGAUGGACGGCAGACAAGCGUCAAGGACUUUCACACCUGAUUGUGCAGCUUUUGCCAACACAUGAAAGGAAGAAACAUGUUUUGUCUGAUGAAGUCUCGGAGCGUAGCACACAGCAGCAGGGCGAUGGGGAGCGGAAAUGGGAGAAAAACCCAACAUCACUCCAAACCCAUCAAAAUUUACUUCAUUUUUAUUUUGCUCCUGCUGAUUUUCACACCGAGGGUGGAUUCAUCGUGGUGGUACAUCGGAGCGCUGGGUGCUCGGGUGAUCUGCGACAACAUUCCCGGCCUGGUGAACAAGCAGCGGCAGCUGUGCCAGCGGCACCCGGACCUGAUGCAGUCCCUCGGCGAGGGAGCCAAAGAGUGGAUCAAAGAGUGCCAGCACCAGUUCAGACACCACCGCUGGAACUGCAGCACGCUGGACCGGGACCACACUGUGUUUGGCAGGGUGAUGCUGCGAAGCAGCCGCGAGGCAGCGUUCGUGUACGCAAUCUCUUCGGCAGGAGUGGUCUACGCCAUUACCAGGGCCUGCAGUCAGGGGGAGCUAAAGAUCUGCAACUGUGACGGCCACAAGCGGGGGCGAUCGAGCGACGACAGGGGCAUCUUCGACUGGGGUGGCUGCAGCGACAACAUCAACUACGGCAUCAAAUUUGCCAAGGCGUUCGUCGACGCUCGAGAGAGGAUGGUGAAAGACGCUCGAGCGCUGAUGAACCUGCACAACAACCGGUGCGGACGGAUGGCAGUGAAGCGCUUUAUGAAGCUGGAGUGCAAGUGUCACGGGGUCAGUGGCUCCUGUUCUCUGAGGACCUGCUGGCUGGCGAUGUCCGACUUCAGGCGAACGGGAGACUACCUUCGCAAGAAGUACAACACAGCCAUCGAGGUGACCAUGAACCAGGACGGGACGGGCUUCAUGGUGGCUGACAAGGACUUCAAGGGAAGCACCAAGAAUGAGUUGGUGUACGUCGAGAACUCACCAGAUUACUGUCUCACGGACCGCUCAGCAGGCUCCUUGGGCACAGCAGGCCGAGUGUGCAACAAGUCCUCCAGAGGCACAGACGGCUGCGAGGUCAUGUGCUGUGGGCGGGGCUACGACACCAUGCGCGUCAAACGUGUCACCAAGUGCGAGUGCAAAUUCAAGUGGUGCUGCGCCGUGGAGUGCAGCCACUGCGAGGACUUGGUGGAUGUUCACACCUGCAAGCCCCACAAGCGGCCCGAUUGGCUGGACAUCACCUAACGAGGAGACCUGACCAAUCACCUACGGACGGACUCACCAACCUGCUCGCUAAUGACUGCAUUGUAUUAUGGGAUAUAUAAUUGGGAUCUCUUAACUGUCACACCUGUCUGGCUUUUGAUCCCAUUGACGCUUCAUGAAGCAGAGACUACACGUUGAUGCUAAACUGGAAAUUCGGCCCAGUUACUGAGUGUGUGCUGCUUUAACAAGUGCUUUUUUUUAAGAUAAACAUUGAAUCUUUGAUACAAAACGGCUGAAUAUAUUGUAUUGUUCUGUUGUAAACGCACCCUUGUUUGAGGCAGAGUUAUGAGGUGAUGUCUGCUUGUUUUAUAGAGUGUUAAGGCGGUGUGAGAACAUGACAUCCUGCUCAUACCGAUGAUCAUAUUUACAGUAAUAAUUUUGUAUCAUUUAAAAUGAUAUCAUUGUAUGGUACUGCAACAAAUCAUUUAAAAUACAAAAAAAGACAAUUGCUGCUAAUGAGUGCAACUCUAACAAAACAGCAAACAGUGGGAGGGAGCUUGUGAAAAAGUUCCUACUCGGAUAAGAUCAAAUAAUCACACUGUGAACCGGAAGGAACCGCAAACAGAAGAACGUUAAAGUGGCUGCAUAUUUUUGAGCAGGUUCACGGGAGAGAAACAACGGACUAAGCAGGAACAGUGAAGUGGCGUAUGGACUUUGGAGUGGUGUCUGAAACAUUUUCCAUACAGUAUCCCACAUAUUCUGUCUGCAAUUGGUCCAACACACUCUGGCUGUUUCCCCUGAUGGAGAACUUUAUCAUUUCUACCUCUGGCUCUUUGUCUUCAUUUUGUUGUGUUUUGGCGCUACUGCGACAGCUUCAAGCAAUUGUCCUUAGACCGUGUUCAGAAAGACAAAAGAACAGCGUAACCCCCCCCCCCAAAAAAAAAAACACAGCCCCCAUAUACAUUUCAAUUAGGCUACUCUGUCAAAAAAUUGUAACAUUGUCUGGAAAAAACAUUGUGUAGGCCAAUCAAAUACAUUGUACUAUGUAGAUUACUUAACACCUUCACCUGAUGAUAGACAUGCAGGACCAUAUUUUUGACGUGAUGGGAUCCAAAGUUGUCAAAUCCAGUGCAAUAAUAUUCCAAACUGCUGUGCAGUGAUUCGGUGUCUGGUGAGUCCUAAAACUCAUGAGUUUAUCAAAUAAAACUGACGGG